GUUCUGCUGCACCCAUCAGUGUUGGCUGCAGAUGUUAAAGAAGAGGCUCCUGAAGAACAGAAGCCUUUUAUGGACCAGCAGGAGCUGGAGAUUCUUCAUAUAAGGGAGAAAAGUGAAAGAAUGUGGGUCAGCCAGGAAGGAGAGCAACUAAAUUUCAAGGAGGAGACCAAAGAUACCUCGUUUCCAUUAACUGUAGUUCAUAUAAAGAGUGAAGAGGAGGAAGUGAAACCUAUAUUUUCUUACUUGCAUCAACAGCAAACAGAAGUCAGAAAUUUUCAAACCAGCACUUCAGCUGACUAUAUAAAAGUGAAAAUUAAAGAGAGUGACUCAAAUGUGGAUUCAAUAAGAAAAGUUGUUGGUACUAAAAAGUUUAAUUGUAAAAAAAAUCUAAAGUCAAACAUAACAAUCCACACCAAGGAUAAAUCCAUUGAUUGUAAUACUUAUGGAAAAAGGUUUUCCCUCGGGUCAAAACCUUUUGGUUGUAAGGCCUGUAGUAAAAGGUUUUCUAAUAAGUCAGCCUUAUGUAGUCAUAUGACAAUUCACAAAGUAGUUAAACUCUUUGCUUGUGAUGUGUGUGGUAAACAAUUUUUCCUCAACACAAGUUUAAAAAGACACAUGAAAAUCCACACAGAAGAUAAACCCUUUGGUUGUGAAGCAUGUGGAAAAAGAUUUUCCCUGGGCUCAUAUUUAAAAGCACACAUGAGAGUUCACACAGGAGAAAAGCUCUUUGAAUGUGAUGUGUGUGGAAAAACUUUUUCCCUCAGCUCACGUUUAAAAAGGCACAUGAUUAUCCAUUCAGAAGAUAAACCCUUUGGUUGUGAAUCUUGUGGAAAAAGAUUUUCUCUUGACUCGCGUUUAAAAAGACACAUGAAAAUCCACACAGUUGAGAAACCCUUUGGUUGUGAUGAAUGUGGAAGAAGAUUUUCCCUCGGGUCACGUUUAAAAGAACACAGGAGAAUUCACACGGGGGAUAAACGUUUUGUUUGUGAUGUGUGUGGGAAAAGAUUUUUCAGGAAUUCAGAAUUAAAACCACACAUGAGAAUUCACACGGGAGAGAAACCCUUUUGUUGCGAUAUAUGUGGAAAAAGAUUUUCCUUUGGUUCAGGUUUAAAAACGCACAUGCAAAUGCACAUGGGAGAGAAACCAUUUGGUUGUGAUGAGUGUGGAAAAAGAUUUUCCUUCAGUUCAGGUUUAAAAACACACUUGCGAAUCCACACUGAAGAGAAACCUUUUGGUUGUGAUGAGUGUGUGAAACAGUUUUCCAGGAAGUCAGAUUUAAAACAACAUAUGAGACUUCACACAGGAGAGAAACCCUUUUGUUGUGAUGCAUGUAGUAAAAGAUUUUCCAACAAGGCAGCUUUGACUAGUCAUAUGAGGACUCACACAGGAGAGAAACACUUUGGUUGUGAUGAGUGUGGAAAAAGAUUUUCCUCUGGCUCAAGUUUAAGAAGACAUACAACAAUCCACACAGGACAUAAACCCUUUGGUUGUGAAGUGUGUGGAAAAAGAUUUUCGCUGGUCUCAUAUUUAAAAGUGCACACAAGUAUUCACACAGGAGAGAAGUUCUUUGGUUGCGAUGUAUGUGGAAAAAGAUUUUCCCUCCGCUCACGUUUAAAAAGCCACAUGAGUAUCCACACAGAAGAUAAACCAUUUGGUUGUGAGGUGUGUAGAAAAUCUUUUUCCCUCCACUCAUAUUUAAAAGCACACAUGAAAAUCCACACAAAAGAUAAAACAUAGGAAAUUUGUAUGCAGAGAUCUUGAGGCUUCAUUUAAAGAAAUGUGCAAUUUGAUUUCUCCUCAGAAUAACAAUGUCCAA